GCGGCAGUCGACAAGAUCGACAGCUCAGACGCCGAGGUCGAGUCCAGGGGCAUCGAGACCAUGGCGCAGGAGGAUGUGCAGGAGGCCCGCGAGCGCUCACUGACGGAGCAGGAGAUCCAGGAGGAGUUCGACGCCCUGACCCUAGAUCAGACGCUGCCCUGCCAUGAAGGCGCGGCUGCAGCAGUGACCCACCUGCGCGCCAAGGCGCACCCCGCCGAGGAGCAGCAGCAUGGGCAGCCCUCCGAGGAGCAGCGCGCAGAGAAGCAGCCCGCCGAGGAGCAGCGCGCAGAGAAGCAGCCAGCCGAGGAGCAGCGCGCAGAGAUGCAGCCAGCCGAGGGGCAGCGCGCAGAGAUGCAGCCAGCUGAGGAGCGGCGCGCAGCGAAGAUGCAGCCAGCCGAGGAGCAGCGCGCAGCGAAGAUGCAGCCAGCCGAGGAGCGGCGCGCAGCGAAGAUGCAGCCAGUCGAGGAGCCGAGGCCCUCGGUGGAGCAGAUCGAUUCGGACGAGGACAGGUCAGCGAGCUGGGUACCAGCGCCAGAGACGCCGCAGCUGGCGGACGCGCCAUCGUACAAUCCAGCGGACUCGGGCUCGCAGCUGCCGAUCGGGCUCUCGCAGCAGACUUCGGACGAGCAGGAGACGCCAGUGCUGCCAUCCUUCAAGCGGUCGCUGACAGACGAUGUGCAAGUGGAGACCAAGAAGUCCAAGAGGUGGCAGAGUAAUCGCCUCGUGAGCCCGCCACGCGCGGAGGAGCGCGUGCCAGCGCAUCCGCGCUCGCAGCGGCCGCUCGCGGCGCCGCCGCAGCUGGCGGGCCAGCGCCUGCAGCAGCCAAUCGAGAGCAGCCACAUCAACAAGCAGCAGGCGAUGACAGCGCCGAGCAUCGACCAGAUGGCGCGGGCACCUCUCGAUGGCAACUGCGGCAUCAGCAAGGAGCAGCUGGUGGAGAAGCUCAAGCAGCAGUUCGACGAGCUGGUCGCAUCCGACACUGGUGCGGACUUGGACGAGAUGGGCAAGAUUUCCCAGGACUUCUACAGGGGCUCCUCGAUCGCGCAGCUGCGCGCGAUGCGCCCUGAGACCGCGGAGAAGUCUCUGGAUGGCGACUUCGGCGCCGACCCGAAGGGGUCGGCUCUUGACAGGGGGGAGCGCCUCAUGUGGGAGUCCUUGGAGGAGAGGUCGUUCAAGUUCAGCACGGGGAAGAAGAAGGGCAACGCGAUCGCGGGCAGAUGGGCCAGAAUGGUGGAGACAUCGAACGAGUGGUCUGAGAAGCACCUGGCGGCGGAGGGCUACCCAGCCAAAAAGACGGUCCGCGAGGAGUGGGCGAAGUGGUCGUUCCACAGGUGGCAGAAGAAGCGGGAGUUCAGCAAGACGCAGACGAACAGCAAGAAGCAGACGAUGAAGGGCGUCUACAUGCCGCUGGCCAGGCUGGCGUGGAAGUUUGGCGGGGGGUCAACUGGUGCCAAGCUGGCAUACACGUAUGCUGGGAAGGCAGUGCUGAUGGGGGGCAUCUUCACGAAGUGGUGCAACAUGACGGACUGCCUGUUCUACCUCUACGUGGAGCACUCGUUGGGGGACACGUGGCAGCAGAGCUGGACCAGCCACGAGGUCUGGAUGGAGUCGGGCUGCGUCGGCGACCAACCACUUCCUGGCGCAGAUGGUGCGGCGAGCGCGCCAUGCACUCCGCUGCCGCGCCCUGGCGCAGAGGCGCCCAGCGAGGAGAAGCAGGCAGCCGCAGCCGCGACAGGGGGGCCUGGACACGAGGCCGCCAGCGGCAAGGGAGGCGGCGAUGGCGACGGCAACGGCACCAAGAAGAAGCUCGCCGUGAAGGCACCCGAGUGGAUGAAGGACUUCCGCAAGCUGCGCACGCUGUUCGCGCAGUACACAUCCCAGGUGUCCACGUUGGAGGCGCUGAUCAAAGCGGACGCAGCUGAGGGCACGAACGAGUGGAAGUUCGCAGCAGGGAAGGAGACCAGGGGCGAGCUGGACAAUGCUAUCAAGCAGAGCAAUACCGGCUAA